AUGGAAAGCCCCACACAGGACGAUGUAGCAACAACAACAACAACAACAACACCAGUCCGCGACAGGCCUGUGCGCAAGAGGCCCAUAUCCCGGCACACGCUCCCAGAACCAUCGGGCAUCUUUGCCAUGCCCCCGCCGCGGCCACAGUACUACACUGACCAAGGUCUGCGCAAGGUCCGACCGUAUUGGUACGCCUUCAAUGCCUACGCCAAGCAGCGCUGGCAGAACAGGUCCUUGAUCGAUGUGUGAGUCCCUCAAGAGCUGAGACGGCUGAGACGGCUGAGCCAGCUGCCCGCCAGCAGACCCCUGUUACCACGAGCUCCGCGGGACAAGCGGCCAACUGAUCGAGACGCUCCCUUACUUUCAACAGCUACAGUGAAUUCAGGUUGGCACUUCCCCCCCGUAGAAGAGACACUCUGUUUGUCCUGACCUCCCGUCACAAUACACCUACUGACCGUCACGACCUAGGUGAUUGGAUCAGAGACCGCAGUCACGAAUACUAUGUUCGUCCAUUCAUGAAAGAUUUACCCUACCGCAUGGUGAUCUCACUGCCUACCGCUUCCCCAUAGAUCUGGUCCAUAGAAACGGGUCAGUCUCGAAUUGAAAUCGGAAGAAUUUGACCCAGAAGGAACUCACACCCAAGACUACUCUCAUUUCAGGUGCCAUCAUCGUCAACAACGAACGGACGACCCCCGAAUAUAUCCUCAAGAACGGGGACAUGAUAUCCAACGUCGUCCAUCGGUCCGUUCUAGUGUUAACCCCCCUGCUAUCGGGGCUCAGAUCACUCAUCUCACCUGGCGGCCUCCCACCACACAGACACGAACCUCCCGUUGUCGCAGGGCCCAUACGAAUCAUCUACGACGGUCGUUUACCAGGCAAUGACGGAGAAACGUUGGUUGUCGAGAAGCCAGGGUCCAUGCCUGUCAGUGGCUCCUUCCACCAUCAAACCUUCCAUGCCCGUUCAAACUGACCCGACGAUGGCAUCCUCUUUGCAAAUCUGUAGGUUCAUUCGACAGGGAGGUACCACUUCAACACCCUCUUAUCGAUCCUCAAACAUGAUUACGACCUACCUCUCGUGCAUAGCAAGUCCAUGUUCUCAAUGAAUGUGUCCUCCUCGAUCGUCGAAUUUGUGGCCCUGACUUGUCCCCCGCUACCGUGCGCAGCUUCAAAUCGAUUGGAUCGGCUGACCUCGGGCGUCAUGAUAUGUGCACUGACUGUCGAUGCAUCCAAAAAACUCGGAGCAUGGUUCGGUGGCCAACGACGUGAUGGGGGUACGGUGCAUAAGGAAUAUGUCGCUCGAUGUGUGGGCAAGUUUCCAGAGUACGUCCAUCAUUAGGGGAGCCGCUCUUGAACCGGCGACCAGCAGCUCAAGAUCGCUGUUUGUUGGCCACCAGAGAGGAAGUGUCAUGUGAAGAGCCCCUGAUGACGAUCGAUCGUCAGAUCGGGAUCAACGUCGUUCACUCUGAAGGUCGAGUACGCCGCUUCUGCUGCCCUCUGCGUCUUCAUGCGAAUCUAACAUCUAAGUCUCUCGCGAGCAGUCCGCCAAGACCAUCUUCACGCGCCUCAGCUACGACGCAAAGAGCAACACCUCGGCCGUACAUUGCCGUCCCAUCACAGGACGGUCGCAUCAAAUUCGCGUUCACUUGCAAUUUCUCGGGUUCCCCAUCGCGAAUGAUCCCAUCUAUCAAAAUUCGGCAGCGUGGGGAACGAGUGGCGGAAAAGGUGGCGUGUUUCCCUCGUCGACUGAAGAGCGUGAGCAGUACGUCAAGGGCGGUUCGUUUGGAGGGGAGGAACGAGGUGGAGGUGAUGAGGAUCGACAAGAGAGGAGGGACAGAGGGGACAAGCUAAUGAGGAGCGCGCAACAAAAGAGCUUGGACCUUUCCUCGAUAGCGGCCGCGAUGAGUUUGGACGACCAUAGCGGGCCACACACCAAUGCUACAGGCGACGAGAGAUCGAAGGAGGAAGGCAAGGCCAAGACAGAAAACGAGCCAAACAAGGCCCAGAAGGAUCUCGAUGACGAAGGGGUCGACCUCGAUCGCAAACCGCAUGAUCCGAGCAUCACCCCCGCAGCACGGACGGCAAUCCUAGCCCUGCGGGACGUCAAGGAUGAAGCGGACGGGUGGGCUCGUUCGAGAGAUCUGCGCGGUCUCGAAUUGGCUCGUUUGGGUGCCGAGGGUCAUGGGUGUGUUGGGAAUGCCGAGAGGGCCAUGUUGGACGUUGCACAGUCGAAGGCCGAGGCUGAGGAGGGACAGUUCACGGAUGACGUUGAAGCUACGUCGAAGUGGGUCGAAAAGGAUCCGACGUUCUGCCGUGACUGCUUCACGCCUUUGGUUCCGGACCCUCGACCCGAGCAAUUGUUCAUUUGGUUGCAUGCGCUACGAUGUGAGUGUGCGCUACCCAAGCUAUGCGGGGUCCGAAGCGAGCAAACUGACCCUUUAACUGACUGGACUGGUGCAGAUCGGACGACAGAAUGGGAUUACAGUUCCCCACUGCCGUACUGGGCCGAGGCAGAUUAUGACGUACCUCUCAGUAGCAUUCUGGCGUGA